GGGUGGGGCACGGGCCGAGGGAGUUACUACGCUCGCAGUGCCCGCACCCGUACUCCGCCGCUGGGUACUCAUCUCGCCAUGGUUCUUCUGCCUCUGCGCUGUCUCCUCUGGGGCUGCGUGUUGACCGCCGUCCACCCAGACCCACGCACUACGUGCAGAGAAAACCAGUACCUGAUAAACAGUCAGUGCUGUGAUAAGUGCCAGCCAGGUGAGCGGCUGACCCUCCCCCCACGGCGGGACCCUUCCUGGCUUCCUGGAAACAAACUGGUGAAUGACUGCACAGAGUUCACCUACACGGAAUGCCUUCCUUGCAAAAAAGGCGAAUUCCUAGACACUUGGAACAUAGAGAGACACUGUCACCAGCACAAGUACUGCGACCCCAACCAAGGGCUCCAGGUCCAGAGGGAAGGCACCUCUGAAACGGACACCACUUGCACAUGUGACGAAGGUCUACACUGUACCAGCGACGCCUGUGAAAGCUGCAUCCAGCACACCCUGUGCCCCCCUGGCCUUGGAGUCAAGCAGGUUGCUACAGGGGUUUCUGAUACCAUCUGCCAUCCGUGCCCAGCCGGCUUCUUCUCCAAUGUGUCAUCUGCUUCGGAAAAGUGUCACCCUUGGACGAGGUGUGAGACCAAAGGCCUGGUGGAGCUUCAGGCGGGGACCAACAAGACGGAUGCCGUCUGCGGUUUCCAGGAUCGGAUAAGAGCCCUGGUGGUGAUCCCCAUCACGAUGGUGGUCCUGCUUGCUGUCUUGUUGGUGUCUGUGUAUAUCAGAAAGGUGACCAAGAAGCCAGAGAAUAGGGUUCUCCAGCCUGAGGCUGUGUCGCAGGACCCUGUGGAGGACUUGGAGGUCCUUCCUGUCACCCUCCACCCCAUUGCUCCGGUGCAGGAGACCUUACACGGGUGCCAGCCGGUCACCCAGGAGGACGGCAAAGAGAGUCGCAUCUCGGUGCAGGAGAGAGUAUGAGGCGGUGUGUGCCCAGGAGUGUGGCGGCAUGGGAAACGGGCACGUGGCCGGAGAGCCUGGAGCUGCUGGUGCUACAGAGGGAGGGUGCGGGGCGCCCCCGGCCUGCACCCCUGUGGUGCAGAAACAGAACCUUCCACCCCACCCUGGAGCCCACUGAUCCCCCGACUUGCUUGUAAAGGCGGAGGCAAAACUUUUCGGGGGCCGUGUAGGAAUAUCCACCAAAAUCCUCCCGCCCAGAGUUCAGUGGCCAGAGAUGUAUCAUGGUGGUUUCGACGAGCCCAGGAAGACGUAUACGUGAAUAUCCGUCGCGGUGUUGUUUGUGACAGUGGACAACUGGAAGCCACUUAAUUGUCCAGCAGCAGGGGACUGGCUAAAUAAAAGUGUAAUAUAUUUUAUACAA